GUAGCCGCACCGUCCGCCGUACUCAACGCGUCCGACGCGUGAACUCCGUCACGUCCCCUGGCAGAAUAACUUACUUAGCUGAGCAUGUCUACAUCCAACUCCUUACGAUGGGCUUUUCUCUCAUAUCUCUGUCUGGGGAUUAUAGUAUCUAUCCAACAAGUGUAUACCGGUAUCUCUGCUAAAGGCUUCUUUGCCCCUCCAAUCUUCUAGUCCUGUACCAUACUUAAUCGUUUGCAUCCGCAAUGGCGAAGGGAAACGGCGCCGCCUCUUCCCCGACCAUCGCGACCACGCCCUCGUCAGGACCGCUCAAGCGAACCACGUCUAGUACGCAGAAUAUGAAGAACCAGAGAUCCAUUCUGGGCUUCUUCCAGAAAUCCUCGCCCUCUACUCCGUCUACAGCACGAAAUGCAGAGCCCGCCUCCUCUCCCGCAGAACGCGCGUCGGAGCAGCGAACGGCCAACAGCGCGAAGAGCCAGAAGAAGGGUCCUGCGAAAGUGUCGCAUAACCUGACUCCAGUCCCAAGCAGUGAUGCUCCAGAACCAGAAGAUGAGACUGGCCAGAAUUCUGAACAACUAAAUGGCUCCACAACACCAUCACGAAGAGCUAAGAAGGCUGUGAAAUACGUUGAAUCAGAUUCUGAGGGCGAAGAUGACGACGAGGCGAUUUUCCGACCAACGCGAAAAGCUGGCGUUAGUGGCAAGACUGCAAAGAGGAGGAAGACCUCUCCUGAAAGCGAGGACGAUUUCAAGGAGGACGGAGAUGCAGGAUACUCGGAUGAUGAGUUGGAUGAUUUCGUCGUACCGGACGAGUCAGACGAAGAGCCCAAGCCGUCGAAGAAGAGAAAGAGGCCCUCUAUGCCAGCAAAAAAAGCUUCCUCUGAACCAGCACCACCUCCCUCCGACGGCGAUCUUGAUCUAGAGCUUCCGGAUGCCACGUCAGGGGCAGCCUUGAAAUGGAUCUACGAUCCCGAAAAUCCAGAGCCUAGAAAGGAACGGGAAACCACGACCGCACCGAAGCCAACACCAGAACAACGACGGGGCAAGGCUCAUAUGACGGAGCCAGAACAGCGAUACCCAUGGCUUGCCAAUAUCACCGACAUAGACCGAAAUCCUCCGGGUCAUCCUGAUUAUGACCCGCGCACCAUUUAUAUCCCGCCAUUGGCUUGGUCCAAGUUUUCUCCUUUUGAAAAGCAGUACUGGGAGAUCAAGCAGAAGUUCUGGGACACUAUAGUUUUUUUCAAGAAGGGAAAGUUCUACGAGCUGUACGAAAACGAUGCGACAAUUGGUCAUCAGCUUUUCGACCUGAAGCUUACGGAUAGAGUGAAUAUGCGCAUGGUUGGAGUUCCUGAAAUGAGUUUAGACCAUUGGGCAAACCAGUUUGUCGCCAAGGGCUUUAAGAUUGCACGUGUGGACCAGUCUGAGUCUGCUCUCAGCAAGGAGAUGCGAGAGAGAGACGAUAAGAAAGGCGGAAAGUCUGCUAAAGAAGACAAAAUCAUCAAGCGCGAGCUCUCGUGUGUCCUCACAGCAGGAACUCUGGUCGACGGAUCUAUGCUUCAAGAUGACAUGUCUACGUACUGUGUUGCUAUCAAGGAAGCUAUUAUCGACAAUCAUCCAGCCUUCGGGAUUGCGUUCGUCGAUACGGCCACUGGCCAGUUCCACUUGACUGAGUUCGUUGACGACGCCGAUAUGACAAAGUUCGAGACAUUUGUCGCCCAGACAAGGCCACAAGAGCUGCUGUUAGAGAAAUCGACCGUUUCCCAGAAGGCUAUGCGUAUACUCAAGAACAACACUGGUCCGACCACCCUCUGGAACCAUCUGAAGCCUGGGAAGGAAUUCUGGGAGGCCGACAUCACGCUCAAAGAACUUGAUGCCAGCGAAUACUUUGUAUCAGACGAUAAGGACAAUGUGGAAGCUUGGCCACCUGUUCUCCGAGACGCUAGAAACAAAGAGCUUCUCAUGUCUGCCUUUGGUGCGCUGGUGCAAUAUCUGAGAAUGCUGAAGAUUGAGCGUGAUCUAAUCACCAUCGGCAAUUUUACUUGGUAUGACCCGAUUAAGAAGGCUACCAGUUUAGUUCUUGAUGGACAAACUCUUAUCAAUCUUGAAGUCUUUGCAAACUCAUUCGAUGGAGGCUCUGAAGGGACACUAUUCCAGCUCCUGAACCGCUGCAUCACCCCGUUCGGGAAACGUAUGUUCAAGCAGUGGGUUUGCCAUCCUCUUAUGGACAAAAAGAAGAUCAACGCCAGAUUGGAUGCGGUCGAUGCCUUGAAUGCCGAUCGUAGCGUUCGCGACCAAUUCUCUUCACAGUUGACCAAAAUGCCAGACCUGGAACGCCUUAUUUCUCGUGUUCAUGCAGGUAGCUGCAAGGCACAGGAUUUCGUCCGUGUCCUUGAGGGUUUCGAACAGAUAGACUACACCAUGAGCUUACUGAAGGAUAUUGGCGACGGCGAAGGUGUCAUUGGUAAACUUAUUUCGUCUAUGCCUGAUCUAGCCUCCCAUCUUGAGUAUUGGAAGACAGCUUUCGACCGCAGCAAAGCAAAAGAGAACGGGAUCCUUGUCCCCCAACCCGGUAUCGAAGAAGACUUCGAUGCAUCUCAACAACGGAUCGAUGAUAUUCACCAAGAUCUUGAAAAUCUUUUGAAGAAGGCACGCCGUGACCUUGGUUCUAGCGCCAUCUGCUAUAGAGACAACGGCAAAGAAAUCUACCAGCUUGAAGUCCCGAUCAAGGUCAAGAAUAUCCCAAAGAACUGGGACCAGAUGUCUGCAACCAAGCAAGUGAAGAGAUACUACUUCCCGGAGCUGAGAAAAUCAAUCCGUCAACUGCAAGAGGCCCAGGAAACGCACAGCCAGAUCGUCAAGGAAGUUGCUGGUCGUUUCUAUGCCCGGUUUGACGAGAACUACGACACAUGGCUUGCUUCCGUGAAGAUCAUCGCCCAGCUCGACUGCUUGAUCAGCUUGGCCAAGGCGUCGGCAUCACUUGGAGAGCCGAGCUGCAGACCUGUAUUCGUAGAUGAUGAACGCAGUAUUCUAGAGUUCGAAGAGUUACGCCAUCCUUGCAUGCUUCCGAAUGUGGGAGAUUUUAUCCCUAACGACGUCAAGCUCGGUGGAGAGACGUCAAAUAUCAACCUUCUCACCGGUGCCAACGCGGCUGGAAAGUCGACGGUUCUCAGAAUGACCUGCGUUGCUGUUAUUAUGGCACAGAUUGGCUGCCAUAUACCUUGUCGAUCAGCCCGUCUGACGCCAGUUGAUCGGAUCAUGUCGCGUCUUGGUGCAAACGACAACAUCUUCGCGGCACAGUCCACCUUCUUUGUCGAGCUGUCAGAGACGAAGAAGAUUUUGUCCGAGGCCACCCCCAGGUCUCUCGUUAUCCUGGAUGAAUUGGGUCGUGGUACCAGCUCUUAUGACGGUGUUGCAGUUGCGCAAGCUGUUCUACAUCAUAUUGCGACUCACAUUGGAGCUCUUGGCUUUUUCGCAACCCACUACCACUCCCUCGCUGCCGAAUUUGAAGGUCAUCCAGAAAUCAGACCACGCCGCAUGCGUAUCCAUGUUGAUGAGGAGGAGAAGCGUGUCACCUUCCUCUACAAGCUGGAGGAUGGUGUCGCUGAAGGAAGUUUUGGUAUGCACUGCGCCUCCAUGUGCGGUAUCCCCAAGAAGGUUAUCGACACAGCCGAAAUGGCUGCCAAGCAGUGGGAGCAUACUAGUCGCUUGACUGAAAGUCUCGAGCGCCGCAAAGGCGGCGGUCUUAUUGGACUUGGAUGGUGGAGUGAUGUCGCCUGGGCUCUCCGCGAGUCCAAGGAUGAAGAGACGUCCAAUGGCAUCACUGAGAGAGGACUCGAGGUCCUCCGGAAGGCCAUUGAAGCUCUCUGAAGGGGCCAAACAUUUGAAUGAUGUGCUCGGACGGUUUAUUUCGUUGACUAUCUUGUUCGAUUUUGCCAUUGCUGUACAGCCCAUAAUAUUUCGCUGGGGCAUGGGGUCUGGAGUUCUAUCGGGCAUAUAUAUUCCGACGUGCCUAUUAUCUUUUCGUAUCGUGUAUCUUGACAAGAUUGAUGUUUCGGUUGGUACAAUAUGUGUAUAUGGAACAGAUAUAGGGCUAUAAUUAACGUUAGAUCUGGUAUCUAUAUUUAUUGUUUCUUCCACGAAAAUACCCAAUAUCUAUUAUCCAUUCAAGUUCUGAGUAACUAUCUAUCCUUCUCGCCAUUUUAUAUUCAUCGAU